AUGUCAGCAGCUCCAGGAGCGGUAGGAAAAAAGAGCGGCGGCCGCACUAUCGCUGCAAAAGCGCUGAUCAUCCAGGUGAAAGCAAAAGUUAACACAAAAACGAUGUUGAACUUUUCCAGGAAUUCAAGAGACGUCUCAGAGACAACGUCAAAUCUCUCAACGACAACUUUUUCCACAUUAUCAACGCAGCCAAGGUUCUUUCAUCUGUCACCUUAAACAAUUUAAUUCUUGUCAAAAAGUUCAGGUGACUGAAGAUGCCUCGACGACAAAGAGCAGUUCGGGCAAAAUGACCGAAUUUUUCACUGCCAAAAAUGAAAUGGCUGUUCGGGCUGCUUUGAUGGUAUUAUUGAAAAUGUGAAUAUCUUAUUGAAUAUUUGAUAAUUAUAGGUGCGAGCAGCAGACGAACUGUACAAACUGACCAACGAAUUGAAAGAAUUUCUAGUCCUCCACGAUUUCAACUUCCUCACUCAGUCUAUAAAAAAACGUUUGUUCUUUUUUUGAAUAUUUUUUUCAAGGCUUUUUGUAUUGAUGAAAGAAAUCAAGGAACUUAAUACUUUUUUUCUCUAUAAAAAAAUAAACUUGAAAAAGCUUUUUACAAGUCUCGCGAAAAUUGGGUUUUUUUCGAUUAUUUUUUUCUUGGGUUCCGAUUUUUUUGUCACCUUUUUCAUUUUUUUUUUAGAAUGAAGGCCGGUAUAUACAUUUUUUUUUCACUGAGUAUUGAAGAAACUAUUAGAAAUAAAAAAUCCAGAUCAUUUUUAAAAAUUCGUUCCCUCUUCAAAAACAUACUCUGAAAAAAUUGUAUUUCUUGAAUUUUGAAAUAAUAUUCAAUUAUUCCUGAAAGUAAGAUUUAUUCUAUUUUUUUGUUACAUUUUUAUCAACUCGGUUCGUGUCUCAUUACAACGGAAAUUAACGCUGGAUCACUGAUAAGCGUCAUUAAUUUCUUAUUAGCUAAUUUCCAAAGUGCUAGAUUCUCGGAGGUCGCAAAAUAUUCAUUUUUCAUUGGGUUCCUGAUUCAAAAUCUUCCAAAACUGUAAGAAAGUGUUUCAUACGUUACAUUUAGAAAUAUUAUAAGAUUCGAAGAAAAUAGAACUUUGAGAAAGUUUUCCCAAGGUUGCAAUAGAACGGGUUCAUUCAGAUUGAAACAAAAUAUAUAUUCUUAUUUCAGGGCGGAACGGGAAUGCGACGAAGCUUUACGGAAACAAACUUCGGCCUACACGGCCCUGAGACUCGAGGUCGCCGGAAUCAACAUGGAUAUCGAUAGGGAACUCUCAGAGAACUUCAACUUUUUGUAUUGA